AAGUUGUCCAUUCCAUCACGAUCAAUGUUAGGCGUUCUGGAUCGGAACAUACUCAAGCAUCGUCCAAAUCAGAAAAGUCAAUUCCAACAGCGCUGGAGACAAAGGACAAAGUAAUUCUUGUUCCACAAAUUCGUCAAAAGCUAUUCACUUGCCGUGAGAUGAGUCGCCGAACUGUUAGAGAGGCUACAGACUCCAAGAGGAAAUUCAAGCCAAUGAAAACUGCAGUAAGCGGUAGAGGGAUGCGGGCGGCAACGAACACUGCAGUCGGCCACUCCAAAAGAGGCGGCAAAAAGCCGAGUCUGCAUGCCGAUUCUGCAAGGUCGACGCGUUCAGGAACAAUCAGUGGCUCUUCCAAUGUUUCGACGCCUUCGUCUAGCAGCAGCAGUAGUAGCAGCAGCUCUUCACCGGCUUCGGAGUCUUACUCUAUCUCUGAAGUAUCCUAUGGCCGCUCAAAGCGCUCAUCUCGUUCUGGAAGGUCUGAAAGGAGUAAGCGGAGUAAACGAUCGUCCCGUGGUUCUAAACGUUCGCUACGUGGUUCUAAACGUUCGUCCCGUGGAGGCCGUUCCAAACGGAAGAGUUCAAAACGUUCUGGCCGAUCUCGCAAAUAA